AUGACUGCCAAAACCAAUGAUGGUACUCAGUCCUCUGUCAAAGCUGACAUUAGGCCCACUGCUAAAUCUACUGCUGGUGCUGAGGUAAUCACUAAAGCCAGCAUUAGUGCCGACUUUGCUGUCAAAAUCAGCAUCACAGAACUCUCCAAAGAAGUCUUCAGUCUUAAGGAGGCCUUGAAGGAGCAGCCGGCUGCCCUGGCCACCCCCGAGGUGGAGGCUCUCCGUGACCAGGUGAAGGGUUUACAGCAGCAGCUGCAGGAAGCUGCCAGGGACCACUCCAGCGUGGUGGCUUUGUACAGAAGCCACCUCCUAUACGCCAUUCAGGGCCAGAUGGAUGAAGACGUGCAGCAGAUUCUCAGCCAGAUUCUGCAGAUGCAGAGACUGCAGGCUCAGGGCCGCUGAGAAAGGCCGGGCCCAGUGGCCACCCUGACCACACCCACGCAGGGGCCUCACCCAGCCCCAUCCAGGCCCAUGCACUUGGAGGCCAGCCUGGGUCCCUGCCCCAAGGUCCCCAGCUGGCUCUAUCGCCCCACUUGGUCUCUGCACGCACAGACUGGUCAGUCUGGACCCAGGGCCUGACUGCCCCUCCUCUUCCACCAGAGAAUCUGUGAGUCCCUGUGUCCUCCACAUCCAGAUGCCAGCCCAGGAAUAAAGGCAUUCUGUGCACAGGA